AUGAAGCUCUCCUCCUUCGCGGGGCCUCUCGCCCUCGGUGCCUCUUUGUUCGUCUCAUCGACCACCAGCACAGCCGUCCCUCGCCAGAGCAGCAGCCAGCCAUGGUCGAUUAAGAACUUCAACUCUCUCAUCACGUUUGGUGACAGCUACACAGAUGAGUCUCGACUGGGCUAUUUCAUCACUCACAAUGGCUCCGCUCCACCUGCCGGUACUCUGUUGCCAGAAACAUUCGCUGCGCCUGGCGGCGGGCGGACUUGGUCCAGAUACGUGGUGCAGUACACCGGGGCUACUGUGCAGGGCAAAUGGACUCCUCAGAUGACUCUAUGGUUCCCAGCGAUUGACGCGUUCUUCCCCUCCGUUCUGGAGUACGAGGUGCCGGCCUUCGUGGCUGACAUCCCGGCGACACGGGUCAACUCCACUCCAGCCGUACAACUCUUCACGCCGAAGUUGACGGCUCAGGACUCUGUUUACGCCCUGUGGAUCGGCACCAACGACCUCGGCGUGUACACGUUUCUCACCGACUCGCAAGUCCCCGGCAAGGUGCUCUCCGACUACACGGACUGCAUCUACAGCGUCUUCGACAAGCUCUACGCCAGCGGCGGUCGGCACUUCGUGCUCAUGAACACCGUUCCCUUGAACCUGGCGCCCCUGUACGCCAACGACUCGCUGCACGGCAUCGGCGCCAAUCAGUACUGGGCCAACAAGACGGCGAACCACACCGAGAUCGCGUACACCAUGCAGCAGUUUACCACCACGGUCAACAACGUCUUCAAGUACCAGACGCCCUAUGAGCUCCUGGUGGCGAACCGCUACCCGGGCGCCCACUUCGCCUUAUUCGACACCCACUCUCUCAUCACCGACAUCUACAACAGCCCCGCAAAGUACCUGAACGGCACGGGCGUGGUCAAGGGCGGUGAAUGCGUCUGGGGAUACGAGAACCACUGCACGGUGGAUCAGAAGACGUGUGUCAAGAGACAGAACGGCACGAAUCCCGAUGGGUAUCUGUGGUUUGACGAGUUGCAUCCUAGCGAACAAACCGACCGAAUCAUCGCACGAAACUUCGUCCAGGUGUUGAACGGCACCUCCCAAUAUGCCACAUACUACUGA